CCUCUGGCCGGCGGCUUCCGUUCAGGCAUCCCCGGGCAGCAGACCAGCACCUGGAUUGCAACACGCUGGGCUCUUCGGAACCCGUCGGGGUUGGGCGUCUGACGGUUCCGUCUGGAACCGCCUAGGUGACCGGCAGGCAGAAGCUCAGCGAGGUGAAAGUCUCAGGCAGUGAGGGGGAAACAAGCCCCACCAGGAGAGCAAUCUUUUCUCCCAUAUUGCCCAUUCCUGAGACCUCGCUGACCAAGCUGCCCAUUGGCACAAGGAGGUGAGGGGCUACCCCAGGAACCGGCUUCACCUGUCCCGCAAGCUCCGGAAGCAUGCUCACAGUCUAGGGACGAGCUCACAGUCUGAGGAGAUGAACCGCUGGUGAUUCCAACUCGCUUCCCAUCAAAAGGGAAGGCAAGACGUUGGAUGAACCUGGAUGGCUGAACUUUCGGCGGUUGAGAAGUGGUGACCUGGAAUCGCUGACCUCCCGGAAGUCAUCGGAUUUGAUGAGAGCGCUUUCUAAAGAGGGCUGGAGAGCAAGAGCCGUCCUAUGACCUCAGAAGGAAACAACCUCCAGACCAAAUGUCCUCUCCUGUGCCAACUGGCAUAACCUCCUUCUUGAGGAAGACUCAGUGAGAAAGAAUUAGUCGAGUCAAGAUUCGCAUCCUAAACGGGUCCCCAGGUACUUUAUGUAUUCUGACGGAAAGAUAACGGGACAUCAUGAAAAAAUACAUUAACUGACAUUGUCAUCACCAGCAGCACCGAUCGUUUACUGUGUGCAGAGCGUUGUACUAAGUGCUUGGACACCGGCCAGAGAUGUGAGAGGUCAGUCUCCUCCUCUCAAGAGCCUACAGUCUAAUUGCUGUUAUUAUUAUUAUUGCUUCAAUUAAGAAGCUGCUUCCUUGGGUUCCUUCUUGGAAGAUGGUCAGUUUGGAAAGGAGAUGGGAGAGUUCUGUGGGUUCCAAGCUAUCUACGUGCUUUUCAGAUGCCUAUUCAGAUCCUGACUAUUUCUCCAACACUGUUUUCGCUGAUUCGAUCUACGGACUGUCUUCCAAAGAAGAUGAACUCAUGGCUUCGGAGUUUCUUAUAUCGCGACUCGGAUGAGGGCAGCAAGCUGCAGAGCAGCUGGACGUCCGGGGAAAACCAAAGAAGAAGCCAACAGGCCUCCUUGCUAAUCCGGAGGGAUGACCGAGGUGUAUUUUAGGUACCGUGGAAACCUCACAGGCCGGGCCCAUUUCCCCACGCUGGCGGCCGAAGUGGACGCUGCCUCGGAUAAGUAUGCUAACAUGUACAUGUAUGUGGGCUUGUUUCUGAGCCUCCUGGCCAUCCUCCUCAUCCUGCUCUUCACCAUGCUGCUCCGCCUCAAACACGUCAUCUCCCCCAUCACCACCGAGAGCACGGAGAACGUCCCCCAGUUCACCGAUGUCGAGAUGCAAAGAGGGAUCCCCACCCCUUAGAGUUGAGCUGAGGUUUUCGACACUGUUCAUCUUUCUAUAUGAACCGAUACGGCAGGUGGGAUUGCUGCUGGGGCUCAGCCCUUCCUUCUUCCCUUGCCAAGAAGAUGGGAAUUGGCAGCUGGCUGAGAGGCCAGGUUUCCCCAGGAACAGGGACAUCGAGGCUUCGGACCACAGGCAUCUACGGGUGGUUGGCAGGCGGGACGCUGAGUCCGGGGGAGCCCAGGGUAUAAAGGAAGGCAUUAAUCACAUGGCCCAUUCAGGGGCUGAGGAGAACUGAAGGAAGGGAUUAGAUCUUGAGCCUUUAAUUAGCUGUUUACUUGAGAAACACCUCUGCCGGCAAGAAGCCAGCUCCAUCAGGUUAAUGAGAGAAACCCAAGGCUUUUGCACAAAAGGAAGAGGGACGUGCUCCUCUUAAACCACCUGCCUCGCUCUAGAGGGGCUUUUGAACUCAGAGGAAGUGUGCAGAAGGCAGCUUUCGGAGAAGAGAAAAAUGGGUAUUUUAUGUCUGUCAUUACUACUCCUGGACUCUGAAAAAUGUCGAUGAUGGCAGUCGUGCCGUCCCAAAUGCCUGGAAAGAAGACAACCGCCAAAAGCAAGAGAAAAACCGGGUUCAAAUGCCAAGGUCACCCAGACGGCAACAUCUAAAAGUCAUCCCAUUCCAAGGGGAAAAUGCACCCAAAGAGGAGGUGUGUUGGAAAAAAAAAAACUCAGAAAAAGACAAAGUCCUCACUCUGAAAAUCACCCCUUUGAAUGGUUUAUUUUAUCUGCCAGACCACCAGAUCUCCUCCCCUCUACCAUCCUCCAAGGACUCUUCAACAAUUUUUUCCUCUUCUAAUACCACAAUGGAAUCAGUUCAGUUGUUUACAAUAGCCAAGCGCAUCACAUAGAUGCUCAAAAACAGAGACCUGCAUUUUAGGCUUCACAUUUAAUGCUGUCCAAGAGAGCUCAUCACCCAUUUUUUGCCACAAUGUUCAUUAAAACGGUCAUCGUAGACUGCC